AUCAUUCAAAUCUACAAUCAAUUGAAUUCAAAUUAUUUCGCCAUUCAAAUUUUCAAAAUGCAAAAUACUCAACCUGUGACAAACGGCAGUAAUGUUUUAGAGACUAAACAUACCUGUACAAAGAAAGUAGUUGACUACCGUAACUGAAGUGUUGAUACUAAUGAUAGGCGUUCAAUCAGAUAAUAUCUAUAGACUGAUGUUUAGUCCGAGGACAAGGAAUACUACAAACUGCUGUUCAUUGUAAAAAUUCAAGGAUUUCAAUGAGGAAAUGUCACCAAAAUCAGAAUAUCAAUGCACAGGAAAACUGUUUGAAGAUGACUUUGCCGAAGAAAUAUCUCCGGCACCCUUGAAAAAAGAGGAGGAAUACAAACAAGAAAUCGUGUGGAAGAAUGUUGGAUACAUUGUCUACUUCCAUGUUGCUGCCCUCUAUGGCUUAUACCUGAUAUUUACAUCUGGAAAGAUAGAGACAUUUCUAUUUUCUGUUUUCUUAUUCAUAUUUUCUGGACUGGGAAUAACAUGCGGCGCUCAUCGAUUGUACGCGCACCGCUCUUUCAAAGCUACAACUCCGUUGAAGAUUCUCUUCAUGAUAAUGAACAGUAUGGCGUUCGAGGACAGCAUCUACGAAUGGGUGAGGAAUCAUAGAGUCCACCACAAGUUCACAGAGACGACAGCUGAUCCUCAUGACUCGAGGAGAGGCUUUUUCUUCUCUCACUGUGGCUGGUUAAUGAUCCGCAAGCAUCCUGAUGUCAAACGGAAAGGACAAACAGUAGAUGUGUCUGAUUUGGAGCAGGACUCAGUAAUUAUGUUCCAGAAAAAGUACUACAAGUAUUUGAUGCCAUUCUUCACAUUCUUUGUGCCAACAAUUAUACCAGUGUUAUUCUGGGGUGAAUCGUUGAAUAACGCCUUCCACAUAGCCGGCAUGUUCAGGUAUACCUAUCUGACUAAUAUGGUAUGGCUUGUAAACAGUGCAGCCCACAUUUAUGGUAUGCGGCCUUAUGACAAGAACAUAAACCCAAGAGAGAACAGGCUGGUAGCAUUUCUGACCUUAGGAGAGGGCUGGCACAAUUACCACCACGUAUUCCCGUGGGAUUACAGGUCAUCAGAGCUGGGUCUGUUCCGCUACAACUUCACCACCAGAUUCAUCGACUGGAUGGGUCAAAUCGGAUGGGCCUACGACAUGAAGAGUGUUUCCCGUGACAUCAUUCAGAAGCGAGCCAAGCGAACAGGCGAUGGCUCCUACUACAAACCAGUGUGGGGAUGGGACGAUCAAGAUCUCAGCUCUGAAAUAAAGAAAGACGCAUUCAUCAGAUUUAGUAAAACAGAAUGAAUUAUUGAAUUUUUUGCAAAAAACAAGUUAAAACACGCAAUAAUUAACAUUUGACUGUAAUAAAAGUUGGUGAAACUGUAAAAGUAGGUAGUGUAUGGUACGGGUAGAUAUCUGGGUGUCAUCCCCUCACCUGGUCAAACCGUCUGAAUGUCACCUCUAAAACUGGUUCUUUAGGUGACCGGCUGACGCCGAUAAUUUGGCAACUCUCUAAGAGGUUCAAUGCAUACGGGAUGACCAGGUGACGUAAGCGAAUAAGUUAUUUUAUACUUUUAUUAUUUUUAUUUUAGAUAGUUUUUUGUUUUAUUUUAGUUUUUAGCUAUUUUAUGUUUCCUAGUUUUUCAAGUCCAUAAGGUAGGCAUAGGACCCCCAGGGACACCUCAGGAGAACUCACAGUUGGUGUGCACUCAAUCGUGCACGACAAAGACAGGAUGUCACCUGCGAUUCCAGAAGGUGCCAUGCAAACGAGCUGACAAGACUAUGUAUCAAUUCAAUCUCAGAGUUUAAAACGUGUACGCGUAUAGGUGCCCACCUGUCUACUUGCAUACCCUAACUGGAGAUUAAUGCUAGAAAAGUAACUUCGAAUUAUAGACAGAGACAAAUAAUCUAGGUUAGAAUUAUGUUAAUUAAAUCAAGUGUUUUAAUCAUAUUAAAACUCCUUAAAUAUCUUUACUCUAUGAUAUAGUUGCGUAGCUGUAUGCACAACAGUAAGGUCCGGUUGCACAACAGCCGGUUAAAUUUAAACAGUGAUUAAUCUCAUUUAUUCAGGCGUUUUUGAAAGACGGCUUCUCUGAUAGGUUCUCGUGGAAUUAAUCACGGUUAAAAUUUAAUCGGCUGUUGUGCAACAGUAAGAGAUUGAAAUUUUUAUCCAAUCUCAGAGUCUAAAGGACAUUGAUUUUGAUUUUCUCUCAAUCGCACUGUAUUAUAAGGAAUCCCUAAGAUGGUCUAAAAGUGAGUGGAUGAGUCAGUCAAUUAAGAAACUAAUGAGUAGAUUUUGGAAUUUUACAUGCAACCGAUGAUAGGAGGAACGAUGUGUCAAUGUCCCCGAAGUGACUAUCGGACGGAUGACCAGGUGACGCGAGUGAGUUGACACUCGGUCGUGUAUGGUUCCGAAAGGAUGGCACCUGCGAUUUAUUUCAAUAGGUGACAUGUUGCAAGACAACUAUAGAACCAUAGUUGUCUUGCAUGCUGGCGGGAGGUGGGAUGACCAGGUGAUAUAUUUUCACGACGGGAUAAGCUGUCGCCUGUGGUCAAAAUGCCGAGGUGGCAAGUAUACGGGCACACCCAAUCGCAUAGGCCUACCCUACGGUACGCUCUGCAUUGCAAAUACAUUACUAUAUUAUUUGGUACGUUAGUUAUUAAUAGCAUAUGCCUAUAUAGCAACCUUUUCAUGUAAAAGGCAAAUUAUUAAUAUUGUGAAUCGGUGAUUACUGAAAUGAUGUAUUACUGGAAUUCAUUCACCAUGAGAUUAGAAAUAGAGUAUUAAUGGAAAUAAUAUUUUUAUAGAGAUCUACACACAAUUUAAGCAGUGAGAGGUGUAUUCAUAAGAGCAUUGUAUUCAUAAAAAUGAUUGUAAAGGUACCAAACAAUUGGUACUUGAGUUACGUUUAAUUGUUUAUACAGUUUACAUUGAAGAAAACGUUUUCUAAAAUAAAGUUACUUUAUAUUUUUCAUA